CGAUCGCUUCCUGCUCGCCGGGAGGGCCGGCUGGUGUGGGGGCGCUGCCGCGGAUCCUUGUCCCCGUCCCCGAUGCGCUCCUGGUGAAGCCUUUGCAGAAAAAUGUCCAGGUGAUGAAGGGUAGCUGUCAUGACGGAGUCAGGGAUGAAACUCCAGAGAGUUCAGCUGAAAUGCAAGAACCUUCAUGAAUACCUGCGGGGUCUCAGCCCUGGGAUUUUAGAUCGGCUGUAUAAUCAUCCUGCCACUUGCCUUGCUGUCCUUCGGGAACUGCCCGGGUUAGCCAAAAAUUAUGUCAUGCGGAUGCUUUUUCUGGAACAGCCUCUUCGUCAGGCAGCUGUGGCCCUGUGGGUGAAGAAGGAAUAUGUCAAGGAACAAGAGGAGAGCUCGGAUAUCCUGCUGGGACUGCGACUUUGGCACACACAGCUACUUCCAGGUGGGCUCGAAGGCAUCGUCUUGAACCCCAUCUUCAAGGAAAACCUGCGCAUUGCUCUCUUGGGAGGAGGUAAGGCCUGGUCCGAUGAUACCAGCCAACUGGGCCCAGAUAAGCAUGCCCGAGAUGUCCCAUCUUUGGACAAGUAUGCAGAAGAAAGGUGGGAGGUCAUCCUGCAUUUCAUGGUAGGCUCUCCUAGUGCAGCAGUGAGUCAGGACCUGGCUCAACUGCUGACUGAAGCUGGCCUGAUGAAGAGCAGUGAGCCUGGGGAACCUCCCUGCAUCACAUCCUCCGGCUUCCAGUUCCUGUUGCUGGAUACUUCAUCACAGCUGUGGUACUUCAUGCUCCAGUAUCUCCAGUCAGCAGAGACCAGGGGCAUGGACUUGGUGGAGAUUCUUUCCUUCCUCUUUCAGCUCAGCUUCUCCACGCUUGGCAAGGAUUAUUCUGUGGAAGGAAUGAGUGAUUCUCUUCUGAACUUCCUUCAGCAUCUCCGGGAAUUUGGCCUGGUGUUUCAAAGAAAGAGAAAAUCCAGGCGUUACUAUCCCACCCGCUUAGCUAUUAAUCUUUCCUCCGGCAUCUCAGGUACCACCGUGGACACCCAUAACCAAGGCUUUAUCGUGGUGGAGACCAACUACAGGAUCUAUGCAUACACAGAUUCAGAACUACAGAUUGCACUAAUUGCCCUCUUCUCUGAGAUGCUGUAUCGCUUCCCUAACUUGGUGGUGGCGCAAGUCACCCGGGAGAGCACACAGCAGGCCAUUGCCAACGGGAUCACGGCCGAUCAGAUCAUUCACUUCCUACGGACACGAGCUCACGCCGUGAUGCUGAAACAGACCCCUGUACUGCCCCCCACAAUCACAGAUCAGAUCCGGCUGUGGGAACUGGAACGGGAUAGACUGCGCUUUUCUGAGGGUGUCCUAUACAACCAGUUCUUAUCCCAGGUGGACUUUGAGCUGCUCCGUGACCAUGCCAAGGAACUUGGGGUCCUGGUUUUUGAGAACCCAAUCAAGCGUCUCAUGGUGGUGACUCCCGCCGGCCACUCAGACGUCAAGCGCUUCUGGAAGCGUCAGAAACACAGUUCAUGAAGGCAUUGAUUGUACUCCGUGUUCUUCUGAUCAUGCUUGUUGGAAAGUGGACCAAACAGAAAGGCAGGAAUAUUCUUUCCCUCCCAUUACUUCGAGUGGAUGCAAGACAGGCGGAGAGAAGGAAAACAGGGGUGAUUAUCCCUUUUCAGCCAAAAAGAGAUUCGAAACUUGCUUUUUUUAAAAAAAAAGAACAAAAAAGCUCAUUGGUUCAGUCUAAGUGUCACCUUUGCAUCAACACUCUCCGGUAGGAAUGACACCCUAGCUGGGAUGAAACACUGGCAUUGAAAUAGGUUAGAAGUGAACAAUGAAAUGCUUUGAGAAAAUAGAAAUAGCAGGGACAAAGCCAUCUCACUAAACUAAAAGUCCAGAAAGUUUGUUUGUGGAAAGUUACUAAAGUUGAGAUGAUGUUCCCUGCAUGGUUGAAUACUGAAUCUUCAAGGUGCCAGGGAGUUCUAGUAUCAGACUGUCUACAACCUGGCACCAUCCUACUCUUUUGACCCUUCCUGAGACUUGUCUGGGGAAUGAUAGAAAUUGGAGCUCAGUACAUCUGGAAUGCAACACCUUGAAGAAGGUCAGGAAAAAAAGUAUUAAGCAAUUAUCAUUUUUAUCCUUUAAAUGGCUUGACCCUCUCCGCUGAAAGGGUACAGAAAGAAGAGACAGCCUUUCAUUCUAGUUUUAUAGAAACUGCUAAUUUGUGACAAAACACAGCUUAUAUUCAGGUUGCCUUGUUCUAAUAAGAUGUGUGUUUUUAUAGGGGUAAUUCAAGGAGUUUUUUCUAUCCAUGUGUGAAUGAAGACAGAUCUCUAUGCAGGAGCUGGGUUUACACAUUGCACUCACCCAUAUUGUGAUUAGUUCGGCCCUAACAUAAUGUGUUCAGCACACCAAAUCACCCUCUCUUGAUCUGGUGGUUUGCCUAAUUUGAUAUCAAUUUGAUAUUCCAUCAUGGGGAUGCCAUUUGUUUUUUUUAAAAACCAGUGCCAAAUACUCAGAUUUUCACCGUGACUCAACGCUGUCACUCCAGCAUGAAGAUGCUAUGAUUUCACUUGUUCCUCUUCUACCUGUGUGGGAGACUUCGGUUGAAGUCUUCAGUUGAAGUUGAGCAAAUUACCUGUUCACCAAUCUGCCCUGCGUUGGUGAACUUUCUAAAUCCUGUAUGCACAGUUGAAGCCUCUGUUGACAUGGACAUGUAGGUCAACAGGCUUGUCAUUCCACCUCUUUUUAUCUGAAGUCCAGAUGUUGAAUUAAAGCUAGCUGAGAAAUUGUGGGAA